AUGCGCACACCGGGCAAGCAGCCAAAACCUUACAGACCCCAAAAAACUACCAAGGCCACCCAGGCCCGAGAAGCAGCAGAGGUCUUACAAGCUGGAGACGCUGCCGAGGUUGCCGAGGCCAUCCAGGUAGUGGAGGUCGGUCAGUCCAAAGAGACAGCUGAGGCCGAGCAGGCCGAAGAAGCUGCCGAGGCCGGGCAGGCCGGAGAAGCAGCUAAGGCCAAACAGACCCAAGAAACUGCCGAGGUCGGACAGGCCGGAGAGGCAGCGGAGGUCGGGCAGGCAUUAAACGUUGCCGAGGUCAAGCAUUCUGGAAAAGCAGUCAAGGCUGAACUGGCCAAAGAGAUUGCCCAGGCCGGGAAGGUUACUGAGGCUGCGGGACGAGCUGAUCCCACCUGGACAUUGUACGUGGACGGCGCGUCAAGUAAGGAAGGAUGUGGUGCCGGGCUCCUCUUAAUCAGCCCUACUGGGGAGGAGCUGCCCUACGCACUGAGGUUUGAUUUUAAAGCUUCUAACAAUGAAUCAGAGUACGAGGCUCUGAUUGCAGGGAUGGAGAUGGCCCGGAAAUUAGGGGCUAGAUCGAUAAAAGCCUAUAGCGACUCGCAGCUGAUAGUGAACCAGGUAUGGGGAAGCUACGAGGUCAAAGAGGGGACACUGAGAAAGUACGUAGCCAAGACGCGGGAACUCAAGGGCCUGUUCGAGCAGUUCGCGCUUGAGCAGAUUCCGCGGAGCCAGAACAAGAGGGCUGACGCCCUGUCUAAACUGGCAUCCACCUCGGUUGGCAUCAUAGGUCGGGAAAUACAGGUGGAGGUCAUCAGAAGUCGGGCAUAUGAACAGUUCAACACCGCAGUCAUUCAGGUGGUGAGCUCGUGGAUGGAUCCCAUUGUCCAGUACCUAGCUCAUGGGGAGCUCCCACCGAGCAAGGUAGAAGCCCGCAAAAUCCUCCUUAAAUCGCAGAAGUACGUGCUCACGCACGGAGUCUUAUACAGGAAAUCUUACCUGCAACCCUGGUUGAAGUGUGUAAUGCCCGAGGAAGGGAGCUAUGUCUUGCGCGAGUUGCAUGAAGGCAUAUGCGGCAAUCACGUUGGCCCAAGAGUAUUAGCCAAGAAGGGAAUGCUGGCUGGCUACUAUUGGCCCACCAUCUUCAGGGACUCGGCCGAGCUGGUAGCUCGGUGUGGCUAUGAACACUUGGUGGUAGCCAUUGAUUACUUCACCAAGUGGGUAGAGGCCGAGCCCCUCAACACAAUUAGUAGCAGGUCGAUCCAGAAAUUCCUUUGGAAAAGCAUAGUCUGCCGAUUUGGCAUACCAAGGGCUCUCGUCUCGGACAACGGCAGGCAGUUCGCUGACCACUCUCUCCAGGAAUGGUGCACGGAGCUCGGCAUCCAGCAACACUUCACUUCAGUGGGGCACCCCCAGGCCAAUGGGCAGGUCGAGAAUGUUAACAGAACCAUCCUGCACGGCCUGAAGACAAGAAUAGAGUCUGCCCGAACUAAUUGGCUGGAGGAGCUGCCUACCAUACUAUGGGCUUACCGAACAACGCCUCGGACGGCCACCCAAGAAACCCCGUUCGUCCUGACAUACGGGAUCGAGGCAGUGAUCCCAGCAGAAAUUGGAGUACCCUCGGGUAGGGUGCAACACUUUGUGGCUCAGGAUAAUGAGGAAGAGAUGCGGCUGGACUUGGACCUGUUCGAGCAUCGAAUGGAAGAAGCGGCUAUAAGAAUGGCUAAGUAUAAGGGCCAGGUCGCACGCUACUACAAUGCCAGGGUAAGGCACCUCUCUUUCAAGCCAGGGGACCUGGUAUUACGCAAAAAUUUCGUGAGCCGAGCUGUGGGCACGAGUAAGUUAGACCCAAACUGGGAAGGUCCCUACGUGGUAAGGGAAGCUGACCGAGCAGGUUAUUGUAAAUUAGCUCGCCUGGAUGGAGGUGAAGUCCCGCGCACCUGGCACAACUCAAAUUUAAGGCUUUUUCUUUAA